UAUUGGCGACCAUUUGAAUCAGAGUUCUGCCAGUAUUAGGCAUGAGUUCGGGUUUCUUUGAGGGAUUCAAUAACACGAUAGAAGAUUCAAAGGGAUAGAUUGAGUACCAUGCUCAAUGAACUCCAUUCCAAUUGUUCAUUACUAGAUGAUCGCGAUGACAGGGAAAAUGUCGACCAUACAUGAUCUUUACGGCAAGGUGGUUGUUUCAACUCCAUUUAGAGGUUGGCAUUCCUUAACAACGAACAGUAAUCAUGGCUCAUGGUCAAAACAAAAGCCUACCUAGGAAGAAAUGUUGGGCGGUAUGCCAAGUUGAUGUUUGGCAGUGACUGGCUUGCUGAACCGAUGCGGUGUGGGGGGAAGAGCAGUAAGGAGACACUGGAAGAAUCCCAACUCUUCCUUUCGUGGGUAUCGAGUUCCAAAGUCAAGGGCGAUUGCUUGCAGCGGUCGCAGCAACAUUUCUGAGGACCAUCUUCGAUGGCAAGCAAGAAGUUGCGUUAAAGGCGGAAAAUUUAGAACUGGGUGGUUGUGUUCUUGAGUCUUUCUUUCGUGGGUAUCGAAUUCCAAAGUCAAAGGCGAUUGCUUGCAGGAGUUGCAGCAACAUUUCUGAGCACCAUCUUCGAUGGCAAGCGAGAAGCUGUGUUAAAGGCGGAAAAUUUGGGACUGGGUGGUCGCGUUCUUGAGUCUUGAUGCGAAGUACAAUGAACUGGUGCGCCGUCUUCGUGUUCUGCUGCUUCUGGGUAUUGGCGGAAGUUGAUGGGUCGUCUCGCCGCCGGCUCCGGCACGAUCCCUGCGACCCCGGCGUCCAGAGGCGGCCGGAAUCGCUGAGGCCGGACCAGAUGACGGUCCUGAUCAACGGCUACUCGGAGCACCGCAUUCCCCUGCUCCUCUCCGUCGCCGCCGCCUACUCCGCGUCGCCCGUCGUGGCGGCCGUGCUCGUCCUAUGGGGGAACCUGGGCACUCCGCCUCGGCUCCUCUCCGAGCUCUCCCGCAACCUCUCGGCGGCUUCGCUUGGGGCUGCUCGGAUCUCGCUGGUCCCGCAGUCCUCGGGCAGCCUCAACGCCAGGUUCCUCCCUCGGCCGCUCGCGAUCGAGACGCGGGCCGUGCUGGUCUGCGACGACGACGUGGAGGUGGACGCCAAGUCGGUGGAGUUCGCGUUCAGGGUGUGGGGGUCGAACCCGGACCGGAUGGUGGGGAUGUUCGGGAGGUCCCACGACAUGGACCUGGCGAGGAAGGAGUGGAUCUACACGGUGCACCCGGACAGGUACUCGAUAGUCCUCACCAAGUUCAUGCUGCUGAAGACCCAGUACCUGUUCAGCUACAGCUGCGGCGGCGGGGUGGCAGGGGCGAGGAUGAGGAGAGUGGCGGACGAGAUGAGUAACUGCGAGGACAUUCUAAUGAACUUCGUGGUGGCUGACGAGAUCAAUGCGGGUCCUGUACUGGUUGGGGCGAAGAGGGUCAGGGAUUACGGGGACCCGAGGAACGAUGGGGGAAGCAGCGAGGAUAGGGAUGAGGUGAGAGAUGCGGGGCUAAGCAGGAGGAGGGGAGAGCACAGGAAGAGGCGAGGGCAGUGCAUAAGGGAGUUCCACAAAGCGAUGGGGAGGAUGCCGUUGAGGUACUCCUAUGGCAAGAUGGUGAACUCGGUUGGAGAGCAAGGGCUGUGCAACAAAGGUGGCCAGCUUGUCCUCUGUGAUCAAUUCCUCGAUUGAAGAUGACCAUGUAAGCAAAGUUGAUAACAAACCGAAGACAAGUGGUGAGUCUACGGAACUUGUUAGUAAUAGUCUCUUCAGCUACGGGGAGAAUAAGGAAUAAUUUUUGUCCACUGAUGCUGAUCCUGUAACUGUUUGUCAUACCAAGAACAAAAUGGUUGAGACAGAAACCAGUACCAAUGAAGGGACAACAAUCAGCAUACAAGCGGCAAAACAUACAAAAGCACCGUUCUUGACUUAUAAUUAGUUCAUCAAGGAUGGUUCAGACUUGGCUCAUUAUGAUCUUAAGCAGGUAAUUUAUAGGGAUACCAUUUUGUUUAUUUGGAUUACACUUAUCUCAAUUUUUAUGGUUUCCUGCAACUUCACUUCUGCUUGACUUGCUGACUAUCUUCCUUUGAAUGGUUUUCUGGUUAUUCUGAAGUCUGUUAGCAGCAACUUAAUUUAGAUGUGUAGUGUUGCAAAUAUUCUUGUCUAUUUGUGUUGGUCAUUAUGGUAGAAAAGUUCGGGAACUUGCUGUUAUGUCAUUGUGCCAUUGACUUGUAAAGGUAAUAAGGUAUGUUGUUUAGUCCGAAUUGGAUUGCGUUGCUUUGUUGUCUGCACUACAGGGAAGGAGAAUUCUCAUUUACUUAUGACUGGACCUGGAUUGCUGUUUUAUUUGUCAACUAACACAUCCAAGUCCGAAUGGAUGUCAAACUGUUUGUUAUCUUGCAGAGGGCUCUGACUAUAGGAAAUGCAGCAACCAGCAAGUUGGAGGCAAUGAAAAAGAUCUUAUUAAGGUUUUACAAGUUCGGUUGUUAUUUUUGUGGUCUUUCAAAGUCAUUGUUUCCAUUGGUGCCAUGACCACUCAUCAUUGAGAUCUAUGCUAGGGCAUUAGCUGAACCCACAAGAGAAAAGUUGUCACUUGAGAUCGAGGUUUAUAUCUUGUCGCUGGUUAUGAUUGUAAGCCAAUGAACUCUCUUAAUCUGAUUGAGGAAGAACGGUUGUACUAAAAGGAGAAAUUUAUUCUCGGAUUUGAUGCUUUA